GUUGUAGGCCGACAUCCUCCACCAGGUACACACAUAAAGAACUACGGGACGAGUCAAGAAACAGACAUGGCUUCUCUCCGCUCGCUUCUCACUUCGCGAUCAAGCUCCUUUUCGGAUCGAGCGAUUCGACAAACCAAACUCAGCGAGUUGACUCGCCCUAGUCACAAGACAUUCUCCAAUCACAACUACUACCACUCGCUUUCAUCGUCGAUUUCGCCGCUCACCCAAGCCAGUGGAUCGAGAUCGAUAUUGAGGACCAAUUUGACUGGCCAAACUAAGAUACCCCAGAGCGAGUCUUCGAUAAUCGAUUCCGGAAUGAUCUGUCCGACUCCACAACACCAGGGCAGUCUCAACCCUCAAUCGCUCAACCUUCUUCUGGGCGGGAUUCGAUUUAUAUCGAGAGGAAAUACCUACCAACCUUCUCAGCUCAAGAGGAAACGAAGACACGGCUUCUUAGCUAGGAUGAAAACCAAAACCGGUCGCAAGAUCGUCUUUAGACGCAAGGCGAAGGGCCGCAAAUGUCUCACUCAUUGAUCUCGAUACUGUAGUUCUCCUGAGUUUCUUGCUUCAUUUGGCACCCGAGUCUAUCAUCGCUGUUGAUAUCCCUGCUUAAGGUUUGAACAUCAAACCGGUUUUCCGCCCCUUUAUUUCUCAUACUUUCUGCGUGGCUUCUGGUGUAAUAAUCUACUGCUGUUUUCCUCCCCCCUUGCUCCCAAAACCAACGUUCUUAGCUGCGUAAUCGAUUCUAAUAAAGCUCUUCUCUACUGUCGCUAUGAGUUUUUUGUUUUUGAGUUGUAGGUGCACUGUGUCAUGAAGAGCCAUGAUUUCAAGUCAA